AAAAAGAAAAGAGAGUGGAAAAAUGAAAGAAGAAUUAGAAUUAGAAUUGAAAAAAAACAGCUAGCCAAAACAAAACUUAAUACGAUACACACAAUUAUAUUAUUAUUAAUGGUGAUUGUGUGGAUAUAUUAAAACCACACAACAUCGUCUUCUUUCUUUCCGGAUUUUUCUGCUCCCAAACAUCGUUUGGAUACAAACCCACUUUUGAUUGUGUACCAGGUUAAUCAAUCUCGAAACCGAAGUGGAGGAAGGUAUUAUUUUGAUUGAGUCAGGAAUCUCUUGGGUUCAGUUUGAUAAAAGAAGGGUUUAGUUUUGAUAGGGUUAUAUUUAUUUGAUUAGCAUUGUGUUUAUGGGAACUUCUGAGGCAGUUCUGCCAGUUUUAUCUGGAACUAUUCCCAGUCGUUUCAGUUCUGAUCCAUGUUUUAGCAAAUUGGAUUCAAGAUUUCAUCCUAAAUGUGCUGUAAAUUUUUCGAAGAAAAGGGCACGGAGUUGUAUACAAUUUUUCAUUUGUCCUAAUGCACCACUGGGUUCCAGGGGAUCCCAACUAGUUAAGGGGUUAGGAAGUGGAUUGCAUAGGAAUAGAACCACUGACAGGUUCCAACUUCUUAGUUGCAAAUGUGAAGAUGCUGAAAAUUUUGGGGGAAUAACUGCAGAAGGAAAUGGAGCAUGGUUUGUGGAUAGCGCUAAGGAACUAAAUUUGAAUAAUGUGGUAAACACACCAAAUGUUCUGGAAUUCGGGGAUGUUAAACAAUUGAAACGGGAAAAGGAGAGUUUAACAUCUAAUGGUACAGCUGGACCAGGUACUACUAACUUUCGGAAGGCCAUUGUAGAUUCUAUUGAGGAUGAAGCAUGGGACCUAUUGCGUGAUUCUGUGGUUUAUUAUUGUGGGAGUCCUAUUGGAACUAUUGCCGCCAAUGAUCCCACUAGUUCCAAUGUGUUGAAUUAUGAUCAGGUCUUUAUCCGUGACUUUAUACCUUCUGGCAUUGCCUUUCUUUUGAAGGGAGAGUAUGACAUUGUUCGGAAUUUCAUCCUUCAUACCCUUCAGUUGCAGAGCUGGGAAAAAACGAUGGACUGUUACAGCCCUGGUCAGGGGUUGAUGCCUGCCAGUUUUAAGGUGCGAACUGUUCCCUUGGAUGGUGAUGAUUCUGCUACAGAAGAAGUAUUGGAUCCUGAUUUUGGAGAGGCAGCAAUUGGCCGUGUUGCACCAAUUGAUUCUGGUUUAUGGUGGAUUAUUUUAUUACGUGCAUAUGGAAAGUGCUCUGGGGAUCUAUCUGUUCAGGAGAGAGUUGACGUGCAAACUGGAAUUAAAAUGAUAUUGAAGCUUUGUCUUGCUGAUGGUUUUGACAUGUUUCCUACAUUACUGGUGACUGAUGGUUCUUGCAUGAUAGAUCGUCGUAUGGGAAUUCAUGGUCAUCCUCUUGAAAUCCAGGCACUAUUUUAUUCUGCCUUACUCUGUGCACGUGAAAUGCUUGCUCCAGAAGAUGGAUCAGCUGAUCUUAUCCGGGCACUGAAUAAUCGCUUACUUGCUCUUUCAUUCCACAUCAGGGAGUAUUAUUGGAUUGAUUUGCGAAAACUGAAUGAGAUUUAUCGUUACAAGACUGAGGAGUACUCAUAUGAUGCAGUUAAUAAGUUCAACAUUUACCCAGAUCAGAUUUCUCCUUGGUUGGUGGAAUGGAUGCCUAAUAAAGGAGGUUAUCUAAUUGGAAACUUACAGCCAGCACAUAUGGAUUUCCGAUUUUUUUCUUUAGGAAACAUGUGGUCUGUUGUAAGCAGCCUGGCAACAGCUGAUCAGUCACAUGCCAUACUGGAUCUUAUUGAAGCGAAAUGGGCAGAUUUGGUAGCAGAUAUGCCAUUCAAGAUAUGUUAUCCUGCUCUUGAAGGUCAGGAGUGGCAAAUAAUCACUGGUAGUGAUCCUAAAAACACGCCUUGGUCUUACCACAAUGGUGGUUCUUGGCCAACUCUGCUAUGGCAGCUUACUGUUGCAGCCAUAAAGAUGAAAAGACCAGAAAUCGCUGCAAGAGCUGUUGAAGUUGCUGAAAGACGCAUAUCAAGAGAUAAGUGGCCUGAAUACUAUGACACGAAAAAAGGAAGGUUCAUGGGGAAGCAAGCACGGUUAUUCCAGACAUGGUCAAUUGCUGGAUACCUUGUGGCUAAGCUUCUACUUGCAGACCCAAGUGCAGCCAAAAUUCUGAUAACUGAAGAGGAUUCUGAGCUUGUCAAUGCCUUCUCUUGCAUGAUAAAUGCUAACCCCAAGAGAAAGCGUGGUCGGAAGAACUCCCAACAGACUUACAUAAUAUAAGAUUCUGAAGCUGCUUUCAGACAAGGAUAGGUAACUUCAAUUUAUGACUCAACUUACCUAUCUAAACUACUUAAAGGUAUAAUGGUGAUGAUAACAAUGGUUUAUUUUUCAUUUUAUUUAGGGGUUAAAGCUUUUGAGCAGUGAUUCGGGUAUCAUAGGAUCUUAAUGUAAAGAUGAUAUGUUGAUUUAGAAUUAGCAUUAGCUUGAAACUUCUUUCUGGAUUUGAGAUUAAGCAAAUUGUUUCCUGUUUACAGACUUAAUAUCAUAUACAUAGUAUUACAGGCGUGAAAGAAAUUCUUUUAGAGAAUUCACUGUAAAUCAAGAAUAACCUUAUAUUAUUUUAACUCCAUUGUUCGAUUUUAUAACA